ACUGCUCAUAUGUACCGAAUAUGGUGCCAGCCAAUAAAUAGUUAUCGCGAUCAUUCAAAAUGAACGUGUCCAACGAACAAUUUAAAAUAGUGGGCUUGGAGUUCUCCAGGCGGCAUUUGAAUGUUUUAGCAAAGCGUGGCUGCGGGUUUGGAGAAGUAGACGAUGAGCUGUCGCGACAUGUCACCGCUUUGAUAGCAGAGUUGAUCCCACAGUUAGAGCUGUGUCCAGUGCUUCUCUCUCAGCUCUCUAUUGGCGACUUGGUUCUGGCGUUCAUACGCCUUGAGGGAGAUUUAGAGCCUGGCUUGCAUCGUCUUAAAAUCUUGGGUAUCAAAGUGAAAAAUCAGACGGUGACUGGAGUUUUCAUUGAUCGUUGUCAAUGGUAUCAAAGCAUGAGCAUGACCUGCCUCUUCACAUGUCCUGCUUUAAUAAAAUCCAUUGCUCCUGUGUGCGAGGUCCUGCGUAUUGCUGGAGUUAGCCCUCCAUAUCCUACCUCUCAGGUCAGCCUUCCUACUGGUGAGGCCUUUACCCCAACAAAGCUCCUUUGCGAAAGUGCCCUGUCUUUUGCUUGUCACACUCAUGGACAAAAACCAAUUACGAAUCAACCUAGUGAAGUGGACGUGGUGCAAUUUGUUUCUGAAAUGAGAUUUUGUCCCCGGUCACCUUUAUGGCCCUCGUCUAACUCUCGAGUGAUAGUGAGAUUUAAUCCAGCGGGACCCUGGCUUCAGGCUUCUGUGUUGACCAUCAAUGAAAUGUUGCUCGGUGCUGACCUGUGUGGCCGCGUGUGUCGAGAAGCUUCCAAGACUUCGCUGUUUUAUCCUCUUGAUCCUGCCGGAUCUGGCAGGCUGCUAUCUGAUGUCCUGGCAGAGCGUGGUCUCACGCUAGCUAAUGUGCCAAAGCCUGAACAAAAUUCGAAGCCUGGUAUCCCGACCUCUGUACCAACAAUUCACCCUGGAUUUUUGGAGCUUCGUCCAGAAUUUUCUGACACAAGGAAUUCAAUGACACAAGGAAUUGCUUCAACCCCUCAGAUUUGCCCACCAAAACCUCAAGCAGAAAGUUUCAAGACGGUCAUUUUCGCAAUUGGAACCUAUGACUUGUGUCGAGUUUUAUCGGUGGAAAGAGGUCCUUGGAAGUUCACAAUUGGGUUGUUUUCGCAGCUCGAAGACACCAAAAAGCUGCGUAUGCUAUUAAACAAUCGAGAACGUGUUAUUUGUCCCCCCAGCGAGCUUGAAGUUGGCAGUUGCGUCAUCGCCCGGCGUGAGGUCGAUAACUUACGGUACCGAGCCGUUGUAACCCAUCCUCCGUUGGGCCAAUAUGUCAAGGUCCUUUUUGUGGACAUCGGGGAGAACGGCCUAGUAUCGUGCGAUGGAUUGUCGGCUGUUUCAGCCGAACUAGCCGCCAUACCACUGCUCUCCAUUCGUUGCCGUCUCGAGGGAUUACCUGAUCUCCCUGACGCUCAAAUUAGUCGCGUGUUUCAUCGCGUUAUCGCGAAAGACGAAUCUUAUGCUCUAAUGGCAACGGUCGUACGUUACGUGGAGAAGGAGCGAGUGACGGUUAUCCACCUCGAUGUUAAAUUCCCUGCAUCGGAACAUCACAUGCUGGAUCUUAUUGCUCAGCCUGAUUUUGAGAGAAGAGAACUUCGUGGUGGCGAGAAGGCACUUGUGGCAUAUCAUGACCCAAUCAAUGAUUUCGUUUUCUUUCACCUACAAGAGAACCUAUCGUUGGUGGAUGCUAUUCAGGAACGCAUCGCUAACUGCGCUGCAACACCUCUGGAGUGUGAGCCGUGCCCUGAGAUGCCAUGCCUUGCUCCUUAUGAGGGCGAGCUGUAUAGGGCUUGCGUGGUGUCUUGUGACGAUCGCAAAAACACCGUUCAGGUGUAUUUUGUGGAUUAUGGCAACCUUGCUAGCGUGGAGAAGACGGCACUGCUGACUCUGCCUCCUGAUCUGCUGAGUGUCCCAGCGCAGGCUUGUGGUGCUCUUGUAGAGCUCGACAAGCAGCAACACCAGGAGCCUUCCUUCACCGUCGAGCAGCUGCUGCAGGACAUUGGUGAAAAUGUAGUCGAGAUUCGCGUGACCGGCCGCACGACGAUGUUCAUGGGCGAUGCUCUGCCGGUCAUCUGCCUGCCGCAGUGUCGUGUUGAGCAGAGGUGUCCUGGAGCACCUGAAGAUAAUCAACCGCAUCUAGAUACCUCGACACUCCAUCGAGAUUCCUUUACUUUGAAGCCACUGCAAGAUACCACUGCUUCUUCGCCCAGUCAGGGUACUACCACCUCGAAACCCUAUCAAGAUACCACCGCCUCGAAACCACUGCAAGAUCCUGCUGAUUCUUCGCCAAAUCAAGGUACUAACACCUCGACCCCGCAUCAAGACACCACCGCCUCGGUAUCCCCUACUGUUACGAUCACUUUGGGAUCCAAUCAAAAUACCACCACUUCGACGCCUCACCCAGAUGUGCUUGUGAUUGAGAAAGGAAGCCUAAUGAUGUGCUGCGUGAUGAGCGUCAAGAAUAAUGCCUGCUGUGUCAACUUGAAGCAAGAUUUUCUUCGUUUGCAGAUGGUCGCUGAUGAUGUUGAGGCAGCUUAUAGCUCAAGUGACUUGUCCGCAACUCCUGUGGCGUGUGGCGAUUUGGUGGGGGUGAAAGUUAGCACGCCUCUACCCAGCACUCGAGCCCUCCUGCCGCAGUGGCUCAGAGCAGAGAUUACGCAUGUCUCGGACACAGGCACCUGCACCCUGAACCUCGUUGAUGUUGGCCCCACUAUCAAAGUGCCGCUUGCUGCUGUACAUAAGCUGCCCGAGUCUCUGUUGAUGCUGCCCAGCUUUGGCAUCUGGUGCCGGGUGCCUUUGCUUUCUGCCUCUUCCCCGCACCUUGAUCAUCUCUUGAGCCAGCACGCUGUGGUCGUAAAGUUUCAACACUACGAUCCCAUUUCUGACGUUUGGCAGGUGAAGCUCUUCGAAGAGGUUCGGCAUCCUGACGUUACCUAUGAGGUUGACGGCGUCAUCAGGACUGAUGCCAGAAUGACACCGCCGCUAAUCUCCCACCAACGUGACGAAUCGGAACCAUCAAAACACGAGAGCUCUGACAAUUUCAAGAACCUAAAGAAGAGCACCAUUGCGGCUCGACCGUGCGACGUUGCUACCAACUGGCGGGAUAAAUCUCCAGCUCGCAUCUCACCUCAGUCUUCUCAAGAUGCAUCAAACUCGUCCACCAUUCAUAAGCAGCAUGGUGAUAUCAUGUUGUCUAAUUCUAGAAGCGUUGACUCGCCUUCAGCUCGAACCCCAAUCUAUUCGCAAAAGCCGCUUCUGGAGCCAAAGCACAAAUCGCCUCUUUCUGUUGAUCCUUCGGGGAUACUUUUAAUCGAAAAUUAUCUUAAACCUCAACGGGUACAGGAAAGGUCAUCCAUAGUUGCGCACGGAGCCAUUCGUUGUAAUGGCAAUACUGACUUAGGUCUAAAAAGUAAAUAUGAUUUUAUUGAAGAGGACCCAAUCGACCCUUCUGUUGGACAGAAAACUGAAGAAAAAAUUCUGGUCGAAGAUGUUGCAAUCCCUUCGCCCAAAGAUGAAAGAUCAAACUCCAAUCAAUGUCGUGCUGUUCAAAAAUCGGUGAGGUUUUCUCGACCUAUUCACGAAGAAGCUAUUUACUCAAGUGAGGAGGCAACUGAAGACCUAGCAGUUACCUGCUCACUUACACUGACAGCUGGCAGCUUGGUGGGAUUGCUAUCAUUUAUGAGCAUCAAUGUUGAGGAGCAACUGUCGGUGCAGGUGACCUGGGUUGUAACUCCUGUGAAAUUUUGGUGCCAUCUUCUCGGCCCGGACAAUAAUCUCUUCCAUGAGAUACAACAGAAAUAUGCUCGGUGUGGUCAUGAAGAGUUGGAAGUUUUGCCUAACGUGCACGAAGGAGACCUGGUAUUCGCUCAGUUUGCGGAUGAUAAAUGCUGGUACCGAGGUCAGGUACUGUCAAGUAGCGGACACCAGCACAAAAUCUUCUUCCUGGACUAUGGCAAUGAGACGCUCUCCACCACUGAUGACCUAAGAGCUUUGCCUGCUGAAUUUCGUGGCGUCCCAGUGCAGGCCGUGCCUUGUUGGCUGCCCGAUGUCGUACCCAGCCAGGGAGAGUGGUGUGAAGAAGCAAUCGCUAUGGCUGAAGAAGUAUUGUAUGAGGAAGUCCUGCACCUCCAGGUGUCCCACGCGUCCAAUGUUGAGCCUCGCGAACCGGGCGUACAUUUCCCGGUUCCUUUCGAUGGCGCUUGUGUCGUCCACUCCGUCGUAGGAGGCAAUUUGAAUCUCGGCGAACAGCUCUUGAAUUCUGGCCUCGCAAGGAGCGCAGAUGAGGAUUCAAAAGUAAACUUGAUUGAAUCUGACCUCGAAAAUCCUGUCUAUGCGGCAGAGUGUAAUUCUGAAGUUGAUGAUGCGACGUUGACUGAACAAAUUGAAACUUCAGACCGCGUUUCUACUAAAACAAGGAAAGUUGUUACUGUUGCUGCAAAAGGAGAUGAAUCAUUCGAAGUUUCGGCAAAUGUACUCGCGACACAAAGUUCUGAUGGGCAGACGUGCGCAGACAUUUUUCAAGAGAAUCGUGGAUCAUCGUACAGCGUCGUAACUGAAAACCCUUGUGCUAGUGCUACGUUUGACCUCGCGUUAGAGGGAAAUGUCAACUCUGACGGUGACACAUCGGAGCAGGCUCAGAAUGCAGACUCUUAUUUGGUAUCGGGCGACUCAGUCUACUUAGUUCACUGCGAAAACGUCGAAAAUUUCAAGAGUGCGGUGUGCAUUGAAAACGAUGACGAUGCGAGCGCUGACAAAGGCCAUUUUGAUUUACCAAAACCCGAAAAUUACGUCACUCUGCCAUGUAAAACCUUGCAGAGCGUGAAUGAAUCUCAUGAGAAUUACAAGAUUGUUGCUUAUGUGCAGCGAGAUGCUGACACCUCCGCUCUGAAGCUUAUGUAUCAAGACGUCAACACGGUCGUAGCAGAGGGUGCCUCGGAGGUGGGCUCUGACGCGAUCACGCCUUGGAUGUAUUGCCUAGUCAAGUCUCCAACCGACGGCGUACAUUACCGCGCAGUCGUAGAGGACUGCACACAGCCUGAUGUCGGCCUGCUGGUCCGGUACCUGGACUACGGAAAUACGGAGCUCAUCACUGACAUCCCGAAUAGCGUGCUGGAGUGUCCCGAUUGGCUGCUCACCCGUCCCCCGCUUGCAUAUCGCUGUCUUCUUCCAUGCCGCUGCUCUCCUUCGCAUCUGCUACAGCGCUGGGAAGACAUAGAACUAUCGGUGUUGGUGACAGACGCUGACGACGUAAACACAGGCUGUGAUUUUACCAUAGAGCUGUACUAUCAAGGUGUCAAUAUUGCGGCCAUUUCAAAUGANGCUGCCUACGACGCGGCUGAUGUCAACGCUGCCUGCGAAGCGGCUGAUGCCAACUCUGCCUAUGAAGCGGCUGAUGUCAACGCUGCGUGCGAAGUAACUGACGCCAACGCUGCUUGCGAAGUAGCUGAUGCCAACGCUGCCUACAAAGCGGCUGAUGCCAACGCUGCCUACAAAGCGGCUGAUGCCAACGUCGCCUGUGAAGCGGCUGAUGAUAGCGUCGCCAAUAAAGAAAGUGAUGAAAACAUCUGUUACGAAGUGAACGCCGAAAAUGCUUUUCGUACCUCUUCGAAGCCUGUAGAUGCGAGUGUUGGCAUGCUAAAGCAGCCCAAUGCCCAUGCUGACUUGCAGAAGCCUUCUGAAGCCCAUGCCGAGUUGUUAGAAUCUUUCAAAGCCCAUCUUGUGUUGCAGGAACCUUACAAACCCCAUGCUGAAUUGCCGGAACCUUACGAACCUCGUGCAGAGUUGCAGGAACUUUAUGAACCUCGUGCAGAUUUGCUAGAACCUUACAAACCUCAUGCAGAGUUGCUGGACUCAUCUGAAGCACAUGCUGAGUUGCUGGAACCUUCUGAAGCCUAUGCCGAGUUGCUAAAACCUUCUGAAGCCCAUGCUGAGUUGCUGGAACCUUCUGAAGCCUAUGCUGAGUUGCUGGAACCUUCUGAAGCCCAUGCUGAGUUGCUGGAACCUUCUGAAGCCCAUGCUGAGUUGCUGGAACCUUCUGAAGCCUAUGCCGAGUUGCUGGAACCUUCUGAAGCCUAUGCCGAGUUGCUGGAACCUUCUGAAGCUCAUGCUAAGUUGCUGGAACCUUCUGAAGCCCAUGCUGAGUUGCUGGAACCUUCUGAAGCCCAUGCUGAGUUGCUGGAACCUUCUGAAGCCCAUGCUGGGUUGCUGAAACCUUCUGAAGCCUAUGCCGAGUUGCUGGAACCUUCUGAAGCCCAUGCUGAGUUGCUGGAACCUUCUGAAGCUCAUGCUGAGUUGCUGGAACCUUCUGAAGCCCAUGCUGAGUUGUUGGAACCUUCUGAAGCUCAUGAUGAGUUGUUGGAACCUUCUGAAGCUCAUGAUGAGUUGCUGGAGCCUUCCGAGGUUCAUGAUGAAUUGCUGGAGCCUCCCGAGGCUCAUGAUGAGUUGCUGGAUCCUUCCGAGGCUCAUGCCGAGCUGCUGGAGCCUUCCAAAGCCCAUGCUGAAUUGCUGGAAAAUACAUUUGAUAACGAGGUCGAGAACCAUCUUCGAAGACAUGAGGUUGUAGGUUCGCUGUCUCCUGCACUUACAUUGUCGCAAUCAACAGAACAAGAAGUUCCCAAAACUGACAUAUGCGGGAUGCUCGACGGAGAUGUCAUGUUGUCCUCCAGUAAUGAUAGUUCUCCUCUUGUACCUCCUUGCUUUUCGCCUAUCCUCGCACCACCAUUCAAUUUCACUGAUCGCUCAUUCCCUGACUACCGACAUACUUUGUCUCCCAAAGAAAAUGUGGAGCACGAUAUCCUGCAAAAUUCCCCGCCUAACUCGGCAUGCUGCAUUGUCCCGCAGUCAUGUGAUGAGACCUGGACGCUAGAGUCCCCGUAUAAGUGUCAACAGAUGAGCAAGGCAUUUAUUCCCCAAAUUCCAAAAAUGGGAGAAAUAUAUUCAAUUAACAUAGCUCAAAUGAAUGCUGAUCUCACUAUGGACAUACAGUUUAGAGACGACAUUUCAGCGUGGAAUGAGAUGUCGGUUCGCUUGCAAGAAUUUGUCACGAGCGGAAAUAUGGUGCCUCUGAAGAACGCUCCACCAAACUCUUUCUGUAUUGCUCGCUAUGAAGUGGACAAUUGCUGGUAUAGAGCAAGAAAGCUCGUCGAACUCAACGUGAACGAAUCAUUUGUUGUAUUUUUUGAUUAUGGUAAUUAUGAAGUUGUACCGAAAGAUUCUGUAUACGAGAUGCCUGAGGAGUUCUGGGAUGUACCUGCUCAAGCCGUGAAUGUGCAAUUUGAGAUCUCAGAAUCAUGCAAAGAGCACGACAAAGGUUCUGUAAUACGAGCAAUUACCAAUUUGGAUCUUUCUUGCAACCUUAGUAUCAUCAUCAGAGAAGGCUUUUACAAGGAGUGGAUAGUGAGCGAUUUGUUCGUAGAUGGCGAAAGUUUGAUCCCACAUCUAACUUGUUAUGAAUGUGGAGGCAGCAUUGUUGUCGACGAUAAUUCUAUAGAAGACUAUAGAGAGGAUCGCACUGUAAGCGAAGAUAAAUUCGUAAAUAUUCCUGAACUAUCGGUGCCUAUGGGUGUUCUUCUGCCAGUUGAAGUAUCAUCGGUCACGAAUGAUGAGCUUUACGUUAAUUUAAAAGAACACGCGUGCGAAGCCGCUCGCUAUCGUGACCAGCUCAAUUCUUACAUGAACUGCUGUAAACCUGCCAGUUUCACCGAAUUACCUGCUAUCGGAAACUUGGAUGCUCGACUGGAGAUCCUCAAAGAGGAGGUGUAG